CCCGCUGUUUACUACUUUUCUUUGCUGCAAACCUUUCAUAUGGAACUUCAAUGGCCGUAAAGCUUGCAUCUUUAGCAUUUUUAAAGAGAAUUCCCAAAAGGGUCAAUUUAAAUGCCACUUUUUCUUCACUUUCAUGUGCAAAUGUUGUUCAUAUCAAUUCAGAAACUGAUCAUACUCCGUCAAAAUCUUCUGAUUUUGAGUCAAAGAUCCAAUUUUUAAAGAAUAAGCUUCAUCCAGAUAUCUUGGUCCAUGUCUUGGAUUCCACAACUGAUGUAAAUUCUUCGUUGAAAUUGUUCAAAUGGGCUUCACUUCAGAAAACGUUUAAGCAUAAUGUGGAUACUUAUUAUUUGAUGAUUUUGAAGUUGGGUUUGGCUGGAAAUAUUGAGGAAAUGGAGGGAUUUUGUAAUGAGAUGUUAAAGGAGAAAUGUCCUGGUUUUGAUGAAGCUUUCUUGGGAUUGAUUGAAUGUUUUGUUAGAAAUGAUAGGCUUGACGAGGCUUUAAGGGUUCUUUCUUGUAUGAAUUCAAGUAGUUUUAAGCCUUCAAUAGGUGUUUUUAAUAUAGUAAUGGGUGCACUUUUGGUGGCAAAGAGGGAUUUCAAGGAUGUAUUAUUUGUGUAUAAAGAAAUGGUGAAAGUAGGAAUUGUUCCCAACGUGGAGACUUUGAAUUACUUGUUGGAAGCGUUGUUAGAGGAUGAUAGGGUGGGUACAGCUUUGGAACAAUAUAGAAGGAUGAAUAAGAAAGGGUGUAGUCCUAAUAGUAGGACCUUCGAGGUUCUCAUUAGUGGACUUAUUGCCAGGGAAAGGAUCGAUGAAUCUUUGCUUCUUUUAGAUGAAAUUUUUGAACUUAGGUGUGAGGUGGAUUUGAGCUUUUACACUCGGAUAGUACCGCUGCUUUGUCAGAUUAAUAAAUGUGAGGCAGGGAUGAUGUUACUUGUGAAGAUGAAAGCUUCAAAAAUUUCUCCAGAUUCUUCAACUUAUGGAGCUAUGAUAAUAUGUUUAUGCCAGAAUCUUUAUGUGGAUGAAGCUGUCAACCUUUUUGAAGAGAUGGUGGACAGCGGAAUAACUCCAGAGGAUGAUCUAUAUGUGGAUAUUGUGAAGGGAUUUUGUACAUUAUGUAAAUUUAGUGAAGCAAAGAAGUUUUUAGUAGAUAAUGAUGUUGAUAUAACUUGUCCUUACAAUGCACUUCUUGGAGCUUAUUGCAGUUAUGGUAAUCUUGCGGCAGCAAAAGAUCUGUUUGAUGAUAUGUUUGAGAGGAGUUUAACUGAUAGCUUGUCUUGGAAUUUCUAUAUUCGGUGCCUAUGUGAGAUUGGCGAUAUCAAGAAAGCCUUGGAAGUUCUUUGUAGAAUGAUUGUUUUUUCAUUUCUUCCUGACUCUACCACUUACUCUGCUCUUAUCAUUGGCAGAUGCAAGCAGGAUGAACUUGAUGAUGCUAUACUGUUGUUCAAUCAGGUCCAGCAGAAGUGUGAUGUUUUGGAUUCUGUAUCCUAUGCUGAACUUGUUAGAUGCCUUUCUUAUAAUGAAAAGAUUCAAGAGGCUGCUGAAGUUUAUUGUUAUAUGUCAGGCAAGCAAGUAGCUUUGCAGUCAACCUCUUUUGAUUUGUUCAUUAAGGGGCUUUGUGCAAUAAGAGAAGUCAAGAGUGCAAUCAGGUUUCUAUCUCUUGCUCAUUGUUCUGGUACAUCGUACUCGUCUGUAGCUUACUACAGCAUAAUGCGAGUUUUAUCCAAGUUAGAAAAGGCAGAUGACCUUUUAGUGGUAUUAUCACGAAUGAUUGUAGAUGGUUGUCCUGUUGAGGAAGAAACUUAUUUUAUCCUCAUAGAAAGUAUGAGUCUAGCCGAUAAUCCAGACCAUUGUGCUCGGUUUUUCAAUGUGAUGCUCAGCAAGGGUUUAUUACCCAACUCCGAAACACUAACUACUGUACUGUCUUGUUUAGACAAGCAUUCUCAAAUGCACAUGAUUUUGAGUGCUAUGGAUCAGCUUAUCUCUUGUUCUAAUAUUCUUGGUUCCAGUGCCUAUAACAUGCUCAUCAGGGGCCUUUUGAAAGAAGGAUAUAGAAGUGCAGCUGGUCGCUUGCUAGAUGUAAUGUUGGGGAAGGGUUGGAUUCCUAGUACUGAAACUCAUCAAUUAUUGGUUGGUUCUGUUGUAAAAGAGGAAUCAGAAGUAAGAGCAUAUAUGAGCGAAAAUUUUGGUCCGCAGGAUGAGGUUAGCAGCAUACUUGAAAACGCAUUGGCUCAAACUUAACCUGAUUCCAUAUAUCAACACUAUCAUUGGCCGUUGUUCAAUGUCUCCAUUAAGUGCGAUUGUGAAAGCCUCUGUAAGACUUGUAGAUUUCAUCUCAGACUUCAGUGCUAUAAAAGGAGGGUAUCUUUCUCAGGGAUCUGAUUUUGACAAACUUCAUUGAAAUUCAGUGUCGUGCAUAAAUUGAGGGAUUGAUGCUGACGGAAAUACCAUGAAGAUGGCCUUUAAAUGAUGAUCCCGUGGAUAAACUUUCUGGGAAAUUUUUUGGAAGGAAUUAUCCUGGUCGGCGGUCAUCCAGCCCU